GCGGCCCCCGGGCCCUGCCACGCAGACUUCCGCCGGGCGCAGAGACCCAGGGCAAUCAGCGGGCCGCGUCGGAGGCAAAAUGUCGCAAGGAAACGCCGCGGGCGAGCCGAGUGCUCCGGGAGGUCCCCGCCCCCUCCUCUCUGGGGGACGGGGGCUUAUCGGGCGGCGGCCGGCGCCUCCACUCACUCCAGGUCGCCUUCCCUCCAUCCGCUCCAGGGAUCUCACCCUCGGAGGAGUGAAGAAGAAAACCUUCACCCCAAAUAUCAUCAGUCGGAAAAUCAAGGAAGAGCCCAAGGAGGAAGUAACCAUCAAGAAGGAGAAGCGUGACAGGGAUAGAGACCGACAGCGAGAGGGGCAUGGACGGGGCCGGGGCCGCCCAGAAGUGAUCCAGUCCCACUCCAUCUUUGAGCAGGGUCCAGCUGAAAUGAUGAAGAAAAAGGGGAACUGGGAUAAGACAGUGGAUGUGUCAGACAUGGGGCCUUCUCAUAUCAUCAACAUCAAAAAAGAGAAGAGGGAGACAGAUGAAGAAACGAAACAGAUCCUGCGCAUGCUGGAGAAGGAUGAUUUCAUCGAUGACCCUGGGCUGAGGAAUGACACUCGAAACAUGCCUGUGCAGCUGCCGCUGGCUCACUCAGGGUGGCUUUUUAAGGAAGAGAAUGAAGAGCCAGAUGUUAAACCUUGGCUGGCUGGCCCCAAGGAAGAGGACAUGGAGGUGGAUGUACCUGUUGUGAAAGUGAAAGAGGAGCCCCGAGAUGAGGAGGAUGAGGCCAAGACGAAGGCCCCUGCCAGGACAGCCAGAAAGACCCCGGGCCUCCCAAAGGACGUAUCUGUGGCAGACCUGCUCAGGGAGCUGAGCCUCACCCAGGAAGAAGAGCUGCUGUUCCUUCAGCUGCCAGACACGCUCCCUGGCCAGCCGCCCACUCAGGACAUCAAGCCUAUCAAGACAGAGGUGCAGAGCGAGGACGGACAGAUGGUGGUUAUAAAGCAGGAGAAAGACCGGGAAGCCAGGCUGGCAGAGAAUGCUUGUACCCUGGCUGACCUGACAGAGGGUCAGGUUGGCAAGCUGCUCAUCCGCAAGUCAGGAAAGGUGCAACUCCUCCUGGGCAAGGUGACCCUAGAUGUGACCAUGGGAACUGCCUGUUCCUUUCUGCAGGAGCUGGUGUCCGUGGGCCUUGGGGACAGUCGGACUGGUGAGAUGACCGUCCUGGGACAUAUAAAGCACAAACUUGUCUGUUCCCCCGAUUUUGAGUCCCUCUUGGAUCACAAACACCGGUAAAAUGAGCAGAUGGAGGAUGAUGGUGACUGUGCCCACGGCUGCUGCCUGCUCCAGACGUUUUGUUCUCAAAUCUAUGCGACCCAGAAAGGGCCUGUUUAGCCCACCCACUCCAGCCUUUGGCAGCCAUUGUCCCAGUUUUCCCCACAGGGCCCACGUGGCUGCCUCCCACGGCAUGGAUC